AUGUACGAUGAAAGCAGUCCCCUACGCACUUCGCUGUCAAAGCUGGCUGGCUUGCUGCCGGUAUGGCAAUUGCAGGAAAGCGCGCUCACAGACCCUAGGCGGGUAAGUGAAGGCUACGCAUGCCCUGCAGGCGAAGCCUUCCUGAUGUUGCUCGAUAUCGUUCUAGUGAACAACGCCCUUGUCCGUGCAAACAUGCAGAUCCAGAGCAAUGUAAUCGAUACGCAGCCACUUUUCAGCACCUUGGAGGUACUGCAGGCACGUGUACCUUCCUUGGAGGCCAUGCUCGUUUCUGGGUGGCCGCUUUUUGGUUUGCUGGCCGUUUUACAGGAGGGGCUUUUCGGACUGGGUCGCCUGGCGGCGCAGACGCACUCCUUGAUUCGACAGUGGGGCACCAUGGCUGAAGUGUGUCAGGAAGCCUGGCCAUUGCACACGGCCUUGCUGACUUGGCUGGAUGCGACGCCUGCUCCACAGGAGUCUAUGCCUGCACUCUCACCCGACACUCGCCUUGAAGCUCUUCGACUCAGAAAGCAGCUUGCCGCCUCGCCUGGCCUGUGCUCCGCGGAUCCAGGUGCCGCUGCAGCUGUUCAUCUUCUAGCAAGCGGGCUGUUUACAGAGGGGUCGAGCUCACUAUGGAAUGGCACAGGCUGGAGGAACGAGUUCGGAAGGCUUCGGGAAAUGAUGGACAAGGCAUUCAAGACAGUGUCUUGGGGCCGACUGGUAUUCACAGGCUGGCCUCUGCUCGCCUUGCUUCAUCGACUUCAAGAGGCCUACGUCCGCGAGGCGCUGUGCAGCCGAGUUGAGAGGUAUGCCUAUGCAAUUCCAAGCCGCGCAGAUCCACAGUCUGUGUGGGUCUGUGUGCGUCGGGCAAAUGAUGUUGUCUAUGAGAGAUGGCGCAUGCAAGGCUUCUUCCCAGAUUGCUUCAUGAUCGUUCAAACCGUCCGCGAGUUGCCCCGCGCGUGUCCAGUGCUGGACAUAGGAGCUAACCUUGGUGGCUGUGCGUUGAUGCUAGCCAAGGAUGGGCACCCUGUUUUGGCAGUGGAGCCUGUGCCCGUCCUCGCGGCUUUGCUGCGAGCAUCUGUUGAAAGAAAUAGUUUGACAAACGUGGAAGUGGUAGAAGCAGCCGUCAGCCGAAGUUCUGGAAGCGGCUCUCUGCAGUGUGUUCCGGGGCACAGCGCCACUUGUCGGGUACUUCCGACAGGGGCUGCUGCCAAUGUGAAAACUGAAUCACUAGAUUCGAUCCUCCGUUCCCGCGGAUGGUCGCAUCCCUGUGCCCUGAAAAUCGACGUGGAAGGCUCAGAGCUGGAGGUCGUGGAAGGUGCGACUCGCACACUGUCGCGUUGGCCGCACAUCUUCUUAGAGUUGCACCCGUACGAGCUGCGGGACCGUGGUGGCUCCAGUGCAGACACGUUUGAUUUGCUCCUGCACAUGGGGUACAACAUGUUCGAAAGUCCUCCCUGCGGUACCAAAGUCAGUCCAAUGGAGAGGCCGUGGCAAGGGAAUGGCACCUACUCCAGCGCUCGUUGGGUUGAGGGUCGCCCAGUGCCCAACGUACGCUUGCCACGUGUCGCCGACCACUGUGCCUGCGAGCGUGAAUGCAAUCUUCGGCUGCUUCCACCAAGCGGUCAGUUCAGUGGUGAUUGCCGCUGUUGGGAAUUCGAAGUGGCUUCCGGCGAUUGCGGCUUGUCCGAUGUGAUUCUCUCUGUUCCCUUUGCAACUGCUGCAGAGGCCUCGUCUUUAGCUUUUGUGACUGUAGCCGAGGCACUCUUUACUCCAGUUGUGGAAGAAAGUUCAGCUCGCUCGUGGCAGCAGAAGGAGGACAAGUAUGACAAGGUGACAUUUCAGCCUUCAACCUUCAACCUAACGAAAGAGAGGGCCGUGGCGCUGCAGCUGGAGUUGAUGGCCCACUACAACACGCCGGCCUUUCAGAAGCAGCUCCAUGAGCUCGCCCGUACACUGGGGCCCAGCAGCAGCCAAUUUCGGUCUGCGCUAUGCAAGCUGGUGCGGCGUAUCCAGCUCAACGUCAUCCCUAGGUACGGCUUCGAUGGAUCUGAAGAGGGGGUCCAGGAAAUGCUGCGAGCUUUUAAGGCGCUGGAGAAGGACCCUGACAUUGAGGUCAACGGCGUGGCCAUCAAGGAAUUGCUGUCUGUGGAAGUUCCGCCCAUGGAAAUGAACGAAAAGAACAAGCUCAUCGAACGACCUGUUACGAAGCACCGCAUCCUGGACCUGCUGCGCGUCCAUCUCAUCGAGUUCAGCAAGGCCACUUUCCAGGCCGACGUGGAAGAGCUAAAAAAAUGCGCUGACUACAACUCCGGCCGUGUUUUCAACCCGAAAAAGCCAAAGGAGCAAGGCUUUGAAGACCCUGACGGCUACUAUCACCUCGAGGGCCGAGCAGACCUUGCCCUCAUCGUUCAGAAGCAGCUGCUGCCUCAGUAUGGCUUUGAGCCCUCCAAGGCAGGCGUGCAGGACAUGAUCCGCCACUGCGCUCCCUUUGUGCAGGACCGUGACGUGGCCAAUCUUUUUGACCGCGUGAACGAGAAGCUUGGUAUGUCGACAGCUGCCUGCCAACGCUUCAGGGAGCUUGUCGCGCAAUUGUCGUGA